AUAUCAUCCACUCGCUCUGUAGUAUCUUCCUCCUCUGUUCCAGUUCCAGAUUUUUUGCAUCCGUGUUCGGAAGAAAUGGCAUCUCUCCCCUCCGGAGGAGUAUCGAUCUUGGGAAACCGACAGUUACUGUCGGCUUACGCUACGGUUCGACCGCUGAUUCUGCGACACAGAGCAACAGGGAAGGGGGGAUGGUCGAAAUCAGUGGGAGCGGGAAUUCGAUCAAGGAACAACAGAAGAAGGAAAGAGGGGAUGAGGUGUCGAGUGAGUUCCAACUCUAGCGGAGCUGACAAUGAGCCUUCCACCGAGCAGGAGACAAAGACGCCGUUUGGGUACUCGAGGAAGGACGUGUUGUUGAUAGGAGUGGGGGUGACCGCCAUUGGUGUAGGCCUCAAGAGUGGAUUGGAGUACGCAGGGGUGGAUCCGCUGAAAGCGGGGAACGCAGUGCAGCUGAUAAUGGUGUUAGGGCUGACGGUGGGGUGGAUAUCCACUUACAUCUUUAGGGUUUCCAACAAGGAGAUGACUUACGCCCAACAACUCCGUGACUACGAGGACAAGGUUAUCCAGAAACGGCUGGAGAGCUUAUCCGAGGCAGAGAUAGAGGCAUUGCUGGAACAGGUGGAUGAAGAGAAGAGACUGUCCGAGAGCGGCGGCGGCAACCAGAGUUGAUUCAGAGACAUAUCUAUUCAAAAAGAUGAUGAAAUGUCAAUACAGAUGAUGGAUGGGUUGGAGGGGUCUUCAAGUGAUGAAACCCUCUCGAGAAAAAUCUGUGUUAACCUUUACUCUGUCAUAUUUGGGGGGUUACCAACAUAUAAACCUUGGCCCUUUCCCAAAAUUUAAAAAAAAAUGUUUAUGCAGCUUGAGAAUAUA